AUGUCGACCACGAUCACUUCUUUGCUCAAUUCUCUGCACACUCGUCUGCAAUCUCAGACACAGCUUCUUCCUACCCUACAUAUUCAACUUGGCCUGCCACCUACAGCCCUCGCAGACGAGCUCUCUGCACUACAGCAACAGCUAGCGCAAUGCAUCGAGAAUCAGAUCGAAUUGCGACAAAAGCAGGUCUCAGAAUGGAUGCAUAGGUGUGAUAGUGUCGAGGACGAGUGCUUGAAGUAUGGCAAGGCACUAGGCGGCCAUGUGAAGGCUACGGGGACCAGCGUCGGCGAGAUUAGGAAGGAACAAGUGUUGCCCAGACGCUUUCAGAAUGCUACAGAAUACCAGGAGAAACUGAGACAGUUGUAUCAUACAAAACUCGAACAAUUAUUGACACUCACGAAUAGAAUCGUAGCACUCUCGCAUACACUGGGACGUGAUUUUUAUCAAGAAGACAUACUUGAGCCAACUCCAGCCAUAGACGAAGAUGACCUCGACCCAACAGCAUGCCGUGACGUGACCCCUGAACGCUUCUCUAGGCUCGAGAAGGAGCUAGUGAGAGGGAAGGGCGAAGUCACCAAACGACUCUCACAACUGUCCGCGAGCAUGGUGCAGAUAGAUUGGUUGUACACAGAGUUGGGUAUGUCACCACCAGCCCUCGACGGCCUUCCGUUGUCAUCCGUUCUUGGUUUAUCUUCGCAUCCCCGCUCGAUAUCGUCGUGUGGUGACAGGACCACUUUGUCAAAUUCCUCCGAUCCAUUCUUGAAUAUAUCGAUUGCUUCGUCGGUUCCGAUGUCCUCUCCCACUCCCACAGCACGUGCAAAGCAGUCUCUUCCAUUCCUGUUGAUGACAGCUCCAGAGGAACCGGAAGACAUAUCCGAUGUGGAAUAUCAACGCAUAUUCGCUCAAUUUGUGGCACGUAUGGAGGAAGCCUCCAACGAAAAUUUACAGGAUAUGAAUGUAAAUGUCGGACUGGAGGGUGUUGAUCCCACCCUUGGCCUCAUUGCAUGGGCCGAGGCUACGCGCGCGGAGCUAGAGGACAUCAAACGGCGACGAGAGGCUCACAUUCAAGCUAUGUAUGACCAAUUAGAGGCGCUCUGGCGGAGACUUGGUAUUUCUGAUGAAGACAUGGAUGCGUUUGUGGAGGCACAGAGAGGUAGUACGGAGGGUACGGUGAAAGCAUAUGAAGAGGAGCUUGAGCGCAUGCUGGAGCUCAAACGAGAGCGUAUGGGUGCCUUCAUUGAGAAUGCAAGGGCGGAGAUCGUCGAACUGUGGGACGAGCUGAUGGUAGGCAAAGACGAGCGUGCAGAUUUUGCACCAUUUGCGGAUGAUGAGCAUACAGAAGAGCUCUUGUCGAUCCAUGAGGAGGAAAUUAGACGCCUCAAGGAGGAGCGACGACUAAAGGUGCCUCUGCUUGCUAGCAUUAAGAAAUAUUUCGAUAUUUGCCAAGAUGAGAAAGAACUUGCAGCAGCAGCUAGUGACCAGAACCGUCUUCUUGGCCGAGGACCGCGAGACCCUGGUCGACUGCUUCGCGAGGAGAAGAUGCGUAAGCGUGUCACGAAGGAGAAGCCUAAGCUCGAGCAAGAUCUGCUCGUGUCUAUUCCAGCCUGGGAAACCGAGACGGGACGAGUAUUCCUUGUGCACGGGGAGAGCAUCAUGCAGGUCUUGAUGGAACGAUUUAGCGUACAUGAUAAGGAGAACAGUAACAAGCGGAGUAAGACACCUCGAGCAGGUUCUGUGCCUCCACGCUCCAAGACACCAUCCAAUCCACCUCUCCACUACAUGCCAGCAGUCAAUCACGGAGGAAAGACCACCGGGGUAGUUACACCCGCGGUGCGUUCGGGAUCAAACAUGACCUCAUCUUCGCAGUCUGUACCAAACAAACGUCCUCGAUUGGGAGAAUCGACCUCCGCAUAUAACAAUGUGCCAAUGCCGAGCAACGUAGCCGCUUUGGGUAUAUGUAGGGGUCCCAGCACGUAUCGUCCUCCGUCCCCCAGCAAGAUGUCCGGAAAGAUGCCUAUGGAUUCAUCAUCGCUUCCGCGGCCAGUAUCGGUAGCGAUGCCUGUGCCUAAACCUAGAACUGCGCAUCAUGUACUAGGCCAUGGACGAGCGCCGUCUGCACAAGCUUCGCAUCUGCAUAACUACCAUCCCUACCAGUCCGCACAGCCACAGAUGCGGGCAGCUUCGCACUGUUCGACAACCUCGUCGCAUAGGGCGUACGAGGCUGUGGCGCUGGGCUCGAGCAUGGCCGCGAAGAAGGCAUCCCGAGCACGGCGUGAGAGCUUCAAGCCACGGCCUAGUAUGGAUGAUGCCUGGAAUGUCGGCAUGAUGCCCGCUCCAGACGGAGGUGGGCAGCGGCGGUGGGCAGGCUUUGCGGGCGCUGUUGUAAAGGAGGAAGAGGAAAACUAUUAG